CAUGGCAUCAGAAAAACGGUGUUGAUUCAGAAGGGCGACAUGAAUAUGAGCCGCAGAAGAAAGCCACCCGGUCUCUUCAAAUCUGAAAACACACGAAAGCCGCAGAAAGACAGCUUGCUUGCCCUUCGAGUCAUCUUUCUGGAUGAUAGCGAGCAUGUUUUUGAAAUGGAGCAAAGGGUGCUGGGAAAGGAUUUCUUCAAUGUAGUAUGUGGACACCUAAAACUUGUGGAAAGUGAAUAUUUUGGGCUUGAAUUUCGACAUCAUUGUGGCAGUUAUGUUUGGUUAGAGCUGCUUAAGCCUCUUGCAAAACAGAUUAAAAGAAAGAAUGAUCUGACUUUCCGCUUCAUCGUGAAGUUCUUCCCUCCGGACCCAGGACAACUGCAGAAAGAGCUAACCAGGUAUCUGUUUGCGCUGCAGAUCAAACAGGAUCUGUCUAACGGCAGUCUGACGUGUAAUGACAACAGCGCCGCUCUGCUGGUCUCCUAUCUUCUGCAGGCAGAGAUUGGCGACUAUGUAGAAGAGCUGGACAAACAGCAUCUGAACAACAAGAGGUACACUCCAAACCAAGAGUGCCUCCACAAAAAGAUCACGCGCUUCCACAGGAGACACAGAGGUCAAUCCCCAGCCGAAGCGGACGGUCAGUUGCUUGAAGUGGCCCGUAAGCUGGACAUGUACGGCAUCCGGCCUCACGCCGCCAGCGACGGAGAAGACAUGAAAAUCAAUUUAGCCGUCACUCACUCUGGAGUGCUGGUUUUUCAGGGAAAUACUAAAAUAAACACGUUCAGCUGGGCCAAUAUUCGUAAACUCAGCUUCAAGAGAAAACACUUUUUGAUCAAACUUCAUGCAACAAUAGCGGAGUCUGAUAAGGACACCGUUGAGUUUUCCAUGUCCAGUCGUGAUGUCUGCAAGGCCUUCUGGAAGAUGUGUGUGGAAUACCAUGCCUUCUUCCGACUCUCUGAGGAACCGAAGGGCAAGCAGAAAUCACUUCUCUACAGCAAGGGAUCUUGCUUUAGAUACAGUGGAAGAACUCAGAAGCAGCUUUUGGACUUAGCGAAGAAAUCUGAGAAGAACAACUUACCUUUUCAGAGGAAGUACUGUAGAGACUACUAUGAUACACGACAAUGCAGAUCCUCGCCUGACCUACUGACCGAUGUUUCCAAGCAGGCAUACGAGCAGCAGUCGUGUGGGUUUCCUCACGCAGGAAGUGGCCGGCGCAGUCAGUCGGCGGUGGAGGUUCUCGUCUCCUCUGAGCUGGAGGAUUCUCAGGCGUCUUCUCUUCGGCCCUUCAGCUCUGAGGUGGACCCAGGGCCCAGUGCACAGCGGGAGCACAGGAACAACCGGAGAGCCCGGUGCAGAUGCUGUGCUUCACAGCGCGGCCGCUUGAACAGACGCCAGCUGGUGCUGCUUUACCCAAGCCAGCCUCACGCUUGCCUGCAUCCUCUGUUGCCCGUGUGCCCGGCGUUCCCUCUGGGUCACUCCUGCGCUCCGGUCCUGCUCCCGUGCUGCAGCCACACGGCUCAUGAGAUGCUGCCGGCGACGACAUGCUUCCUGGACGAUGCCUUGCGCUCUUCUAGCUUCUCUGGAUCGGUGUACGCCUCUCCGGCGCUUACACAUUGGCAACGGUACGCCGGGAUUGGAUGGCCUCCGGUGCUCGGAGCAGCAUCUGGGUUUUACGCACCGGGAAGCUUUGGAGACCGAGAUCAGGAAGAGUUAGGCCACUUCAGUGACGACUGCAGCUACCAAUCGGGACUUCCUCGCCGGUCAUACAGCCAGUCCGAUGUCAAGCUGUUGUGUCAGCCGGCAGAGUUUCGCCCACUGGGUCACUAUCCUCAGCUGUCUCGACGGGAAGCCCUUACGCGGCCGACUUUCUUACCACUGCAUUCAGCUCGACCGACAGACGGCAGCAGGUCAGAACUGAGCCACAGCGACUCUGAUCCGGAUGUGGUUUGUUCGUUCUACUGUCCUGGGAUCAGCAGACUGGUGCGCUCCACGCCUCUGGCCCGCAUGCGCAUCUCCUCCGGAAGCUUACAGCUGGACGAAGACGAGCGUUCGUUUAGUAAUGAAGGAACAUCAUCUGCGACAGCUGUUAAAGUCAAACACAAGUCCUGAGAAUAAAACCGUAAACUCAUUCAGUAGCCAUCAUAACGGCAUAUGAAAUA